UACUUUCAUGUAGUUUGAAAGAGAAGAACUGCUAUUUCACCUGUGCCUUUAUCAGUGCAGUAACUCUAUUUGUUUCAUUGCUUUGAGGAGUGUUUGUGCACUAUGAUAACCCGAGUAUGACGCGAACGGCAAAGACACCGAAGAAGAAGUUCUUACCUGCAACUGGCUGGUCUGAAUUCAACAGAAACAGGGAACAGUUGUGGUAAAGCUACUGUGUGUUCCCUUUUCCAAUCGCGGUUGCCCGUGGUGUUUGUAAGCUACAGUGUGUGGCUCACGGAACAACAGAGUUUGAGCCUGUUUAUGAUUGCCAACAGAGCUGUGGCAAUGGCAUCUUCAGCAGGAAUGCGACGCAAAGCUGCCACGCUGACAAAGUCGUCACCGUACUUUAGCUCAUCUUCGGUACAUGCCAGUGGUGAACCUCCUGCAAAGAAGCCUCGGCCCCAUACUGAUAGUGCCAAGCAGGCAUCGGAGAAACCUGUGAAAAAGACAAAGCAGCAGCUUCAAACGGCCUCUACAGCAGCUAUCAGCAGCAGCACGGCCGCUGCCACCAGCAGUAGCAGCAACGGCAGUGCCAGCACUACUGAUACGAACAAAUGCACAAAGGCCAUGUGGCAGCCGGCUCGUUUCGAGGAGCACUACGCGUUGAUCAGAGAGAUGAGAAAAGGACGGGAUGCACCAGUGGAUAGCAUGGGUGCAGAAUGCUGCCAGGAUGAGUCAGCUUCUCCCAAUGUACGCCGCUUCCAGACUCUGGUCUCCCUACUCCUCUCCAGCAUGACCAAGGAUGAAACAACGGCGGCUGCCAUGAAGAAACUACAGGAACACGGUCUCACAGUGCCUGACAUACUCGCCACCACAGAGUCUGAUGUUGGCAAACUGAUCUAUCCUGUCGGGUUUUGGAAGACCAAAGCGGCUAACUUGAAGAAGGUGGCGGUCAUUCUUCAUGAGGAGUACACCGACGACAUUCCUGAUUCGAUUGAGAAGCUUGUCAUGUUGCCUGGAAUCGGUCCAAAGAUGGCCCACUUGUGUAUGCUCAUUGCAUGGGAUGAGGUAACUGGUAUUGGUGUUGAUACACAUGUACACCGCAUUUCUAAUCGCCUUCGCUGGGUGCCGAAGAAGACCAAAACUCCUGAAGACACGCGCAAGGCAUUGGAAGAGUGGCUGCCCAAAGAGUAUUGGAGAACAAUCAACUUGGACUUGGUUGGAUUCGGGCAGACUCGGUGUCUACCUGUUCGCCCUCGCUGCGAUGGCUGCCUGCUCAACGAAACGUGUCCAAAAUUUGGAGUGGACAAGACAGCAUCACCAGUGAAGAAGAAAAAGUAAAUGGGAGGAGUAGGCAAGGAGUGCAGCAACUUGAGGUGUUUAGUCGUGUCAGCUGAUGAUAAGCAACAGUUGCUGCAUAGUGUUUGAUCUAUUCCACCUGCUGGAAGUGGUACUACUGCAAGUCAUGUGCUUCCCUUCAAGACUGGUACAUGCUCAAGUUGUAUUGUUACUACUCUAUUGCGGUCCGACUGCAUGUGAUUGCUGUGCUGUCACAGACUGUUCCAUUGCGAUUAUCCUGUGCAUUGUGUGUUGCGUCAAUGCCGCAAGCGACCAAGACUUUGAAUCUUCAUGGAUGGCAUGUGAUUAUGCUGAGGCACGAGCAUCCAUUAUGUAGUCUGUUUUCUCUUGCCCUUGGCAGCAUGAUAUGUACAUGACUUGAGUUUUAGCUCCCGUUGUUGUUUUCAAGCUACCAUGAACAUUGUAUUACCAUUUGCUCUCGUGAA